UUACCUAUUCAUGUUCAUAUUUACUACUGCUCAUAACAGUAAUACGUUUUUAUUGUGAAUCGUUUCAUAACAAAAAGUGGUAAUGAGCUGUUUGAAAUUGAACACAGACUGAAGUGACCUAAUUCGCCACUUUUAGUGAACGAAGAGCAUCUCGUUACUAAUAGCAAUGUGCAGCGCUAUGAAUAAAACAGCAGCCAUUGUUACUCCAACUUCAGCUGUAUUGAUAUCGGUAUUACCUGGUUGAGGAUAAAUACACCAUGUCUAUAAUUGAAAUAAUAAAAGAACAAACAUCCGGCUUGAGACUGUCAACUCGAAACGACAACGUGCGGGGAUGCUUGAUCAAGGAAUACCAUUUCAAAUGCAGCGUACCAACAUUUCUCAAAGAAAUACACUUCACCAACUUUUACACUAAAAGCGCUUCUGCACACCUAUGUUACCAAGACACGGCUUCUGCAGAACCCGUCUGGGUUAAUCUCUUCAAAAUUCAGAUGAUGAAAGACAUUCACACUUCAUUUGGUGCAUGUGCUCAAGUUAGAAUAACACUCCCUCCAACUUUCGAAACAGUUAAAUCACGGAAACGAUUAUUCAAACUAUGUAUACAGUUACAACAACCCUCCUUAAUGUGGAAAGAAUAUACAAUAACAAAUGUGCAAUUUUUUGAUGAGUAUUUAGACAAUUCUGACCAGACCACAACAGAUUCCACUGAAGGUCGAACACACAUCUAAUCAAUGAGACACAGAAUGCUUUGACCACACUUUGCACACUAAUAGAAUUUAAACAAACGAUACAAAGCCGUGAACUUAACGAAAUAGAUAUCUUAGCACUAUCUGACGCACACUUUGAAAUUACUUGAAGUUACCAGAAAUUUACAGGAAGACCAAUCACGUAUUUAACACACCAUUGAGAUUGAGAAAAACCACCACAUAACGGGAGGAUAUUUACGAACAUGGAAGGCGUGCCCAGAGCUUAUUGGGGAUGAGGAUGAAGAAAACAAAAAGCGAUCAUGGUAUGCCAAACUAGUUCUCCCAAAUGAUAGUAUCAACGACACUGGAGACAAAGUGGAUAGGCAGUCUUACUACGUGUUUACUUUUACACCGUAAAAUCUGAUGGAAAUGUCCCAUUCCUCGCAGAAACUAACGAUAUAACUCAAAGUGACGCAGAAAGGACAAUUGUUUGCAAAGUAUGUGAGGUAUAGACGCGAUAUAUCUAAAAGAACUGAUUGUAAUGAGUCUUGACACUUCAUAAUACAAUACUGAAAAGGACUUAGUUUCCGAAUGCAUGAAAAUCUAAAUUGUUUGUGACUGUAAAUUAAAUCGUUAUGUGGUCUUCGACCAGUACAUACUUCAUUCUGUAGACAAAGAUAAGUUAAUGCUCGCUGCCGAUGUUUAUAAAAAUAUAAAGGGCUUCUCGACUUUUAAAUGCCCCACUAAGUUCAUUUAAGAUGUAAAUGGUCAGAAGAUCAA